AUGAGGGGGGGAACUUACCGGCAGUUUCACCCCUACAGUUUUAGUAAGCUUUUGUUUCACUUGAACCCACAGCCCCUUCGGGUGGCUAUGCCUCGCAGCGUGCAGACGAAAGUUCCUGUCUGCAAAAUGCCAGCCACUCUGGAGCAUGUCCUCAAAGAAUGCCCUUACUGGCAAGAACAAGGGUUCAAAGAACUCAAGCUCCCGGAAUAUCUGCGCCAUAAAUACCCAUGGGAGUGUUUGUGGACCAGGGCACUCCUGCCCAAGCCGGCGGUGUGGCACCCGAAGCCGCCGGAGCAUAUUUUGGGUCUGCGCUACCAGGGAUGUUUUGCAGCAAAUGCCAAAGUGGACGCGGAAGGCUUGAUCUUCGCCACUGACGCAAGCGGAGGUCCAGGAGGAAUUGACCCAAGAGUGCAAACAUCAGCCCUUGCAGUGGUGGCUAUGACCUGGAAAAAAGGUGCGUUGGUGAAAGUCGGACAAAUUACGGAGCUGGUCUACCCAUGGCAGCCGGUGGUGGACAUGGAGCGCCGUGCACUUUUCAGACUAAUGGAGCACACGGAGGAUCUGAUUGAUGUCACAAUGGAUUGUAAGCCGGCAGUCCAAGCACUACAAAAAAAACAGCCGCCGGAAGAUGACCUGGAAUGGAGCAAAGUGUGGAAUGGGAAGAAGAGAGUCAAAGCCACAUGGGUCCCUUCCCACAAAACAGAAGACGAAUUCCUGGCAAAAAUGGGCCCGGGCACUUUAUGGAGACGUGCAGCGAAUGACAUGGCGGACAAAGCAUGUGGCGAAGUGGCGGCGGCUGCUUACAGCCCAGCGCACAAGAGGCGUGUCAAAGAGCUGGAUAAUGUGGUGCGUACACUUUCCCUGGCUUAUGGGGCACGCGCAGCCCACAUAUUGCGGAAGCGAAAAGAUGAAGAUUUCCCCUUCAUUUUGGACCAGGCGCAUUACAAAGAGAAGAUGGAAGCCUCGCAGAAAGCUGAGGGAUACAAAAAAGAGCAUGGAAAGGCCAAACUCAAUAAGCGCCAACGGCUUUGGCAGUUGCUCGAAAACCCGGAGCGUGGGCAUCAAUGGGAAAAGGGUAGUGAUCACCCCCGGAACUUGACCCUCAAAUGCAAACUGUGCGGUCUGUAUGUACAACAAACCCUCACGAACUUGGAGGUGGUGCUGGAGCAGUACUGCAUCAACCAGCCAGAGGCGAGGGUGCGGGAUGAGUGGGGAAUUCACCCCUCCCAUGCUAUGGUGAAUUUGGGAGUCUGA